UGGUCCGUUAUGGAUUCGAUAAUUUAUUUUGACGAUCCAUUCGUUGGACUCGUUCUGAAAUGAUUGACAAUUUGGCGGAAUUUCAGAUUUGAUUGAAUAUUUGUUAAUAAUGUGAACAAAUAAUUUCUCUCUCUCUGUAUACUGGAUUCGGAAAACAAACCUCCAUUCCUCCUCCUCUGGAAUUAUUCAAUAUCUGCACUUCAUGUAAAGGUCGGAUAAAUCAUGAUUAAUACAAUUCAGUCACUCUCACAUGACAUUAAAAUAAUUGUAAGUGUAUUGAAACAAUGAACUGGAAGAAAUACGUUGCAACCAAAACAGUGAGUGGAAAUACAUCUCAAAUUUAAAUUCAAAAAAGUUUCGAUCAAAACAACAUGAAAAUUAUGAUAAAACAAUUGAAAUUAUAAUUAAUAUUUCCUGUGAGCAAGACAUUGUAAAGAAAAUUAAAUAAGUGUAAUAAACGUUUACUCAAAAGUUUGCUUUCUUAUGAGCUGAAUGGUACAGAAAAAAGAAGGCCCUUUUGAUUGGAAAAUACAAUGAAAAUAUCUGCUGCCUCAUAUAAAAUUCCAUUCAUAAAUUUGUGGCAGAAGUUGUAGACAAUUUUUCGGGCAACUGAUAACUGCAAAUUUUUUAUAAAACACGACUUCAAAAGACUUUAGUAUGUUUUAUGAAAGUAUAGUAAUGAAGUCCUACAGUAAUCCAUUUUCAGAUAAAAGCAAUUUCAGAUGAAAUUUAUGCUCUUUAGACUGAGAAACUGUGUGUCAGCAAGAUGUAAAGUGGAGAAUUUUCUCUGCAGCAGUAUUUACAGCCACAUGUACUGAUGUGCACAAACCAGAAACCGUAUACUUGCGAUACAUGUUCUAUGACAUUUUUUGAAAUGGGCACUUUAAGGAAGCAUUUACUAACGCAUACGAAAGUGAAAUCAUAUCACUGCGAGAUGUGCAAUAAUGCGUUUUCUCAAAAGGCCUACUUAAAGAGUCAUUUACUGAUACAUACGAAACAGAAACUGUAUCCUUGCGAGAUUUGCAAUAAAGCAUUUUCUCGAAUGUACGGUUUAAAGAGACAUUUACGGAUACAUACAGGUGAGAAACCAUAUCCUUGUGAGAUUUGCAAUGACGCGUUUUUUCGAAAAGAUGACUUAAAGACACAUUUACUGAAACAUACGAAAGAGAAACCAUAUUGUUGCGAGAUUUGUAAUAAAGCGUUUUCUCUAAAGAGCAGUUUAAAGGGACAUUUAUUGACGCAUACAAAAGAGAAACUGUAUAAUUGCGAGAUUUGUAAUAAAGCGUUUUCUCUAAAGAGCAAUUUAAAGAGACAUUUAUUGACGCAUACAAAAGAGAAACUGUAUCCUUGCGACAUUUGCAAUGAAGCAUUUUCUCGAAUGGACGGUUUAAAGAGACAUUUACUGAUACAUACAGGUGAGAAACAAUAUCCUUGUGAGAUUUGCAAUGACGCGUUUUUUCGAAAAGAUGACUUAAAGACACAUUUACUGAAACAUACGAAAGAGAAACCGUAUUCUUGCGAGAUUUGUAAUAAAGCGUUUUCUCUAAAGAACAAUUUAAAGAGACAUUUAUUGAUGCACACAAAAGAGAAACUGUAUAAUUGCGAGAUUUGUAAUAAAGCGUUUUCUCAGAAGGUUCAUUUAAAGAAACAUUUACUGUCACAUACGAGAGAGAAACAGUAUGUCUGUAGUAUUUGCAAUAAAGCGUUUUCUCAGAAGUAUUUUUUGGAGAAUCAUUUACUAACACAUACAGGUGAAAAACCGUAUCCUUGUGAGAUUUGCAAUGACGCGUUUUUUCGAAAAGAUGGCUUAAAGACACAUCUACUGAAGCAUACGAAAGAGAAACCGUAUUCUUGCGAGAUUUGUAAUAAAGCGUUUUCUCAGAAGAUUCGUUUAAAGAGACAUUUACUACCACAUACGAAGAAGAAACCGUAUUCUUGCGAGAUUUGUAAUAAAGCGUUUUUUCAGAAGGUUCAUUUAAAGAAACAUUUACUGUCACAUACGAGAGAGAAACAGUAUGUCUGUAGUAUUUGCAAUAAAGCGUUUUCUCAGAAAUAUUAUUUAGAGAAUCAUUUACUAACACAUACAGGAGAGAAACCAUAUAGCUGCGAUAUUUGCAAUAAAGCGUUUUCUCGAAAGAGCAACUUAAAGACACAUUUACUAACACAUACGGGAGAGACACCGUAUGUGUGUGAUUUAUGCAGUAAAGCGUAUUCUAAAAAGGCCAACUUAAACAAACAUUUAAUGACUCAUACUAAAGAAAAACCGCAUGCUUGUGACUUAUGAAAUGACGUGUAUUCUCUAUAAGCAAGUUGAAAAAAAAAAAAAAAACAUUUAUUGACUUAUGCGAAAGAAAGGCCUUUUUUUCGUGAUGGGUGUCAUACGCUAUUUUCUGAUCGAAACAAUUUAAACAGAUAUUUCGUGGCACAUACGAACAAGAAACGUAUGCCUGCGAUAAGUGCUACAAGGUAUUUUCUUAUCAGACUACUUUAAAGAGACAUUUACUACAAAAUAGUAGACACAACAAAUAGACUUAAAAUGUAUCUGUGUAUUGUGUUUAUUAGAGGUUUUUCUCUCGCAUAUUGAAUGUAUAAGUUUUUGAAAUCUGUAAAAUAACUCGAACUGAUUCUUUUUAUUCAUAUGGAAGAGAAAACUCAUGCUUGCACCUAAACAAUAAAGUAUUUUUUGAGCAAAGGAAUUAAAAAAAAAACUGAAAAAUCAAGUAAAAAAAAUCAUGCUUUUAUGAUUUAUGUAAUAGACAAUGAGUUGAGCAUGUCUAUACAUGUGACAUUUUUAUUUAAACCUUUUCUUAAAAAUCUGUUUAAAAAAACAUUUUUCGAUUGAUACGAAAGAGAAGCCAUAAAAUUGUGACUCGUAUUAAAACAUCUUCUGCGGAAAGAAAAGAAAUGACAUGUUAGGAAGAGGAAUCGUAAGAUUUUUUUCCCUCUCUUUUCUGAAGAAGGAUUUGAAGAGUGCAUUUUACUACAGUACUGUAAGAAGUUACGUGUUUGUGAAUUCAACAGUAAGAUAAUAUGACUUUCCUGUACAGGACAUUUCCGUACCGAUCAUAAAACUAUCAGAAGUAAUUCCUAUCAGUAACAGAAACAACCCGAUUACAAUUGUUUAAAUGUUGUCUACAAGACUGAAAUCUGAUUAUUAUUACAUUUUUGGAUAAUGACAUGGCUUUUAAUAGAGUCUCAAUAUUUUCCACAAUGUGUUUUAUG